AUGGAUAUUUCUAGCCUUGACUUAAAUUAUUUAUCUCCGGAUCAAGCUGCAGGAUUAAUUCAGUCAUUUCAUGAAUCAGAAAUCUUUUCAGCUCUUAAUUCUUGCAAUGAAACUAAAGCCCCUGGCCCAGAUGGUUUUAAUUACUUUUUCUAUAAACGAGCAUGGAGUUUUAUUAAGAACGACAUUAUAGACUUGGUCAAUGGAAUUUACAAGUUACUUUCAAAGUGUCUUUCCGCCAGAUUAGCUCCUCUUAUUUCUUCUGUGAUAUCGGAUCAUCAACAUGUUUUUAUUGAGGAUAUGAAUAUCAUGGAUUAUGCCAUGAUUUCUAAUGAACUAAUUCACUUCGCCAGAAAAAGGAAAGACAAACUUCUUGUCCUAAAGCUCGAUUUUCAUAAGGCUCCUAGUGAUCCUUUUCCGCUCAAAAAGACGAGUUCGUUAGGAGAUCUGAUCUCGCCUUAUCUUUUUGUGUUAACUGCUGAAGGUUUGAAAAGUAUCCUGCAAAAGUUGAAAGAUUUGGGUCUUAUUAAUGGGUUUGUUUAUUUUGAUGAUCAUGACCAGAUAUCGGUCCUUCAAUUUGCAGAUGAUUCUAUUUUAUUUCUUCCUUUUGAUUUGGAGCAUCUCUGGAAUCUGACUCGUAUCUUACGCUGCUUCGAAUUAAUCGCAGCUUUGAAAAUUAAUUUUCACAAGAGUUCUCUGCUUGGCAUUAAUGUCUCUUAA